AGUGGUACUUUAACAAGAUCGACUCGUUCUGGUCGCUGUCCAAAGAGGAGGAGCGCGAGCUGCGUGAGCGUGGCCAGCUAAAGUAGACUGUUGUAUAGCUGGUGCUUUUGCACGUGCGUUUGUUGUGGUUAAAACUGAAUAUUUGCCUGCUGAGAAACCACGUCGCUGUAAGAUUUCAGCAGUGUCUGCGGGUUGGGACUGGAGCGGGAUUUCGCCACAUGAAUGUGCAGCUGGCUGGGCUGGAGGCACAGUGUUUUUGGACGUCGCUGUAGCUCCGAUCAUGAAAACGCAAUCGUGCUUUGGAGACGGCCGGCUGCCGUCUAUCCCUCCAAACUCCCCUAUAUGCUUUUGGGGAGAGGAGCAAGCGAGACUCGGACUGCUUUUCAUAGCUGCCGAUACUUAAAGGCGGUCCCGCGCGCAGUCUUGCUCCUUCUCUUUUGUUUGAAGCUUCGACUUUUCACUUCCUGUGCAUCUAUUUGCCGCUUCAUUUCCAGCAUUCAUUUGGCUCCCCCUUGUUUGCCCGUGCUCCCCUCCCUUGUCUCCCGUUGCGCAUUUGCUACGCCCACUCGCCCACUAAGCCAUUGGGGCUCAUUCAGGAGGUCUGUAUCGUGUGCUGGCAGGCUUUUCUUUUUCUGCCACAGCAUUCCUCUCCUUCGCUCCCAGCAAUUCCACCCUGUGUGUUUCGCUCAUUUACUUUUAUGUGCUGCUAGUACCUGGCCCCGGCACAGCAGUUGGGCGGGGAAAAAGAGGUAUGCGUUCUAGGUGUGCGUGCAUACGCGAGUGUGACUGCGCGCGUGUGUUCCAAGAAUCAAUGUCAGAAAACGGCCAUGCAUGGGGGAUUCUUGCGACCUUGCCUUAUAUGCGCGACUAGUUUGUUUACUGCCUGGGCGUUUUUGGUUUCCAGAAAAAAGGCUCAGGAUUUUCGUCGACAGAUGCUCCACCCCCGUGGCCACAGAGUGGGCCUGAGGAUUCACAUGCCCGAUAUGCCUGGCUAGA